AUGGGCCAUGGUGGAUUUCGUCGUGGAGGUGGUGGACGGCGUGGUGGACGUGGUGGACGUGGUGGUCGAGGACGAGGUGGACGCCAGGAUAGUGUCGAUUUUCGAUCUGCGGGUUACAACGACGGCGUUCCGAGCAGCGUAGACGAGUCUGUGGUUGGUAUUCAAAGUUUCUUAAAAACAGAUGUGAGCGGAUUCCAUGGUGCCACAAAACAACGAUUUUCGGACUUUGUAGUGCAUGAGGUGGCGCUAGACGGGCGUAUUGUGACGCUGUCGGACGUCAAGCGAUUUGUUAAGCCGCAGAAACUCAGUGAGAUCUUUAAACACAAAGUUUACGCAUUACUGAUUGAUAUGGCAAAUGAAAAGAUGGAGAUUCCAGCGCCAAUUAUUACUUUAGUAGGUAAAUUAGCGGGUAAAUUGUUAGGUACGUUCAAUGCCAACAAGCGAGCGACUUUAGUGAGACAAAAGCUAAAAUAUGUUGAGAAAGUUAAGGAGUCAAUAGCCGAAAUUUGUGGCCAGGAAGUAGCCGAGAAUUUGGCGUCGUUCAUGCAGAAGAUGGUGGACUUACAGGUGAAAGAGCAGGAAGCGAAGCGGUUGGCAAGAAUUGCAAAGCUCAAGAACCAUGAAAAACAAGAAAAUGACGACUUAAGUGCUCAAGUGAAACCAGAAAGGGACGAUGCUUUUUAUUUUCAGCCCAUUCAAGACAAGAAAAUGCGUACAGCAGUGCACGAUAUUGUGCGCGAAUUCGGCAGUGACGUAAUUGUGGCAGACACAACCAAAAAUAAUGACGGAGUGCCGGUUAUUCGUGUUCGUAGUGUAAUGGUUGGUGGAUUGAAGCGAAAAGAUAUGGACCAACGCAGUGAAAAGAAUAGUCGUAACUCAUGGCCGAAAAUUCGACCGGAUUACCUUGAAUUUGUGCUGUAUAAGCGCAAUUUGGAGACAAAUAGUGCCAUGCUACAGCUUGCGAAGGCUUUGAACUCAAAUGUGUCGGCUUUCACAUAUGCAGGAACAAAAGAUAAACGUGGUAUUACGACACAACUGGUUACUGUCUAUCAUGGAUCGAAAGAGCAAUUAGAAACGCUAAAUCCCGCUAGUCGUGAACUAGAUUCGUGCAAUUUUAUCGUGGGCAAUGCAAAGUACGUUUCAGAUCGACUGCAUCUUGGUGACUUGCGUGGCAAUCGCUUUUCAAUGGCUAUUCGCGAUCUUCCAGAUGAUGACACGAUCUCUGAUGAACAGAUUCACAACGCAGUUCGUAGUUGGAGCGAUCAUGGCUUUAUUAAUUACUUUGGACUCCAACGAUUUGGCACCAAAGCCAUUGCAACCCACGAAAUUGGACGAGCUUUGUUACAACGUGAUUUCAGUCGCGUUGUGAGUUUGCUUAUUUCACCUCAACAAGGUGACGCAACCAAAAUUUUUGAGGCUCGUAAAAAUUUUCUUGCCACGCACGACGUGGAAGCGGCGCUGAAGGCGCUGCCUCCGUACCUUGUCGCAGAGCGAGCUGUACUUCACGGACUUCGUACGCACGGCUUGACGGCUUAUGCUAAGGCAAUUCAGAGUGUUCCGCGCCAUCUUCGAAUGAUGUACACACACUCGUACCAGAGUUAUGUCUGGAAUCUUGUAGCAAGUGAACGUUUGACGCGAAUGCCAAGAAAUGCGGCUGUGGUUGGCGACCUCGUCAUUCCACACGAUACGAUCUUAGAAGAAAACGUAGAAGAUACUUGUGAUAAUGCAGAUUUAAUGGAAGAAGCUGUCCCUAAGGCCAAGAAACCUCGGAUCCAUCCUCGUUCAAAAGCAAAUGUGACCCUUGUCACGAAAGACAAUUUGAGCCAGUAUACGAUCUACGACGUAGUCCUCCCGCUGCCAGGCUAUGAUGUCACGUUUCCAGAGAACGCAAUGAAGAAGCGAUAUGAGGACAUUAUGAAGGCUGACAGCAUUGACUUUCAAGCAUUGAAGCGUGCCACCAACUCGGAGUACCAUCUUCCGGGUUCAUACCGUCACGUGCUCAAGAAACCUCUUAAUGUGGAGCAUGAAAUCAAGCGCUUUAAUGACCCCACGUUACCGCUUUUAAGAACGGAUGUUGAUCAUCUGUUGUGUCGUCCCGCUCGAGUCUCAAUUCCCGACGGCAAGUAUCGUGCCUUAUGCCUAACAUUUCAGCUAGGUCCAUCGUCGUACGCAACCAUGGCAGUUCGUGAGCUGCUUAAACAAAGCAGUAAUCUCGACGUGCAGCUUCAGUUAAAGCAAAAGCUGGAUGCACAAAGGAUGAAUAAAAGCUAG